GGAAAGCUUGACGGUUCAUACGAAUGAACUUCUGGCUCGCCUGACAGACGAACGAAGAGAAAUCGCACGCUCGAGGAUACGCGCUUACAGAUUAUCGCGAAAAUGAAGAGAAUUCACGAUUUUAGCUCUUCAGACAGCGAACUGGAUGAGAAUAUUGAAGUGGAGAAAGAGAGCGCAGAUGAAAACACUGGUGUGAAUUCUCCUCUUGGAUCAAUGUCUCCAUCCACAACCUCUCAAGUGCAAGCGAGGAAACGUCGCAGAGGGAUCAUUGAGAAACGCCGUAGAGACAGAAUAAAUAACAGUCUGUCUGAGCUGCGCAGACUGGUGCCCAGCGCCUUUGAGAAACAGGGCUCUGCCAAACUAGAAAAAGCUGAGAUUUUGCAGAUGACUGUGGACCAUUUAAAGAUGCUCCACACUGCUGGAGGAAAAGGUUACUUUGAUGCUCAUGCGCUGGCCAUGGAUUACCGUGGGCUGGGUUUCCGUGAGUGUCUGGCUGAGACAGCGCGUUAUCUUACUAUCAUCGAGGGACUGGAUAACACUGACCCCCUCCGUAUCCGCUUGGUAUCCCACCUGAACAGUUACGCAUCCCAGAGAGAAGCUCACUCUGGUCUGGGUCACUUGGCGUGGGGAUCUGCAUUUGGAACACCUCCUGGCCAUCUGGCUCACCACCUUCUCCUGCAACAACAGCAGCAGCACCAGCAGGGGGCGCCACUCCCACGCAGCACCAGCAGCCCUCCAUCCUCGAAUUCUUCAUCCCCGUCCUCUUCAUCUCCAUCUGCAUCCUCUACAGAGGCGCACGCCCCAAGCAGGCUGACUGGCACAGUGAUCACCGAGGCAGGGCAGACCGGGCCACUCAGGGUGCCGCCUAGUAACUCGCUGCCCCCUGGACUCACACCACCUUCUGCAUCCAAGCUUUCUCCUCCCCUCCUGACGUCACUUUCCAGCCUAUCAGCAUUUCCCUUUCCACUGAGCGCAUUUCCUCUGCUGUCCCCAAGUUCACUGGCCCCUGCAGCUCCCUCCAGCAGCCUGGGGAAGCCCUACAGGCCUUGGAGCAUGGAAAUAGGCGCCUUCUGAACUCUAAAAAACAUUAGAUUCUGAACUCUCUGGACACACAGUCAGUUAGAAAUUACUUGUAAUUUUCUGUAAUAUCUGACUAUUUGGAAGAGAUGGAGAUGCAAGACUUUGGAAAAGGCUAACGUAGAACUGAUGUACUUGUCUUUUAAAACAGUCUCAUGUUGAUCAGAGACGGGUUCUGCAGCUAGUUCUUUUGUCCCUGAGAGGUGCAAGGUAUGAGGCAGGUACCUGCCUUACCUUGCUAUUGUAGUAAAGAGAGAGAAAGAGAGCAAAACAGAGAGAGAAUAUGUUCAUUUAAUUAUUUUAAAUAUAAUCAGAGGGUUUGAAAUCUCUUUGAUCACAUAAAAUAUCAAUAUGCAUCUUAAAUGUUUUCUAGAAGAUAGUAAAUAAUUUUGUUUAUGGCAAGAUAUUGUAAAAUACCUUCAGACAGAGAAUGAUUAUUUCUAUUGAUAAUUAUUUGCAAAAAUAUAUUUUUUCAAGAUCCACAUGAUAUUGAGCAACUAUGAAAUCAAGUUUUGUGACACUGAUAUUUUGCAACUUUCCCACUGCUUAUAUAUGAAUCCUAUGCAACAGAACCUGUCUCAGCUGAACUUGAUGAACAAAAAAGUACUUUAUUUUUUAUAAAGAAUUUAAGUAAUUUUGGUCAGUGACCUGCAAUGUUUGUGCCAUGUUUAUUUGUUUGAAAUGUAAUGAAUUUGCUGUUGGCCUGGAUGGACUACUGUCUUACCUCCAUCUGAUUUUUCCACACGUGACAAUCUCUCAGAACUGCACUAAUUUAACUAUAAUGAAAGCCACUAGGUCAGUGAAUAACAGAUUUGUGCAUUCACGCACACGUUCAUUCAUCCUUGCCCCAAAUCAUUUCUCUCUUCCUAUGUGAACUGUACUUGAUGAGUGUUUUGGAAAACCAUAUCAGUUUUGUAUUGUAAUAGGGAAAUUUGCACUGGCAAAUCAGAUAUCUCCAGUAAGACUAGGGGAAUAGAUAGUAAAGGAAGAGAUGGUGUGGUACUGUGCCUGUCCCUCACUAACCUGUGUGACUUCCCAGUAAUAAAAUGAUAUGUGU